AACUUAUGGUUUUUGCUGGAUAAACAUCAGACACCACCUAUGAUUGGAGAGGAAGCAAUGAUCAAUUAUGAAAAUUUUUUGAAGGUUGGUGAAAAGGCUGGACCAAAGUGCAAGCAAUUUUUUACUGCAAAAGUCUUUGCUAAACUCCUUCAUACUGAUUCAUAUGGAAGAAUUUCCAUCAUGCAGUUCUUUAACUAUGUCAUGCGAAAAGUCUGGCUUCAUCAAACAAGAAUAGGACUCAGUUUAUAUGAUGUUGCUGGUCAAGGAUACCUUCGAGAAUCUGAUUUAGAAAACUACAUUUUGGAACUUAUUCCUACUUUGCCACAACUAGAUGGGCUGGAAAAAUCCUUUUAUUCUUUUUAUGUUUGUACAGCAGUUAGGAAGUUCUUCUUCUUUUUGGAUCCUCUAAGAACAGGGAAGAUAAAAAUUCAAGAUAUUUUAGCGUGUAGCUUCCUAGAUGAUUUACUUGAGCUAAGGGAUGAAGAACUGUCUAAAGAGAGCCAAGAAACAAAUUGGUUUUCUGCUCCUUCUGCCCUAAGGGUUUAUGGUCAGUAUUUGAAUCUUGAUAAGGAUCACAACGGCAUGCUCAGUAAAGAAGAACUCUCCCGCUAUGGAACAGCAACCAUGACCAAUGUUUUCUUAGAUCGAGUUUUCCAGGAGUGUCUCACUUACGAUGGAGAAAUGGACUAUAAGACAUACUUGGACUUUGUUCUUGCCUUAGAAAACAGAAAGGAACCUGCUGCUCUGCAAUAUAUUUUCAAACUGCUUGAUAUUGAGAACAAGGGAUAUCUGAAUGUCUUUUCCCUUAAUUAUUUCUUUAGGGUGUAUUAUUAA